UAAUGUCAUGCUUCUAUUUUUUUUACCAUAUGAUCAGUUUUCAAUGUGCUUCAACCUUUUUCAUUUUUUCACUUUGAUUGUUUUUGAUAGUUUAAUUACCGAUUUUAGUACUUAUCUCGAUGUUUGUGCAUUAAGGUACUAGGAAUUAAUAAUCAAUUUGAGAUCUUGAUUGAUCAUUAUCAUAGGCAGCAAUCAACGAUAACAAUCAUUACAUGUAUGACUUUGUUUUUUUCAAUGUGAAUAUAAGACUCAACUUUAAACAUGACUCGAGUCAUCAGCUUUAUCAAUGGACUCAAUAGCCUAAUCAAACCAUCAUCGAUUACAUGCAGACAAGCUAGAACCAUGGCUAAAAUAAUCAGUGGAAAAGAGGUUUCCUCGCAAAUUCAAGCCAAGCUACGAGAUGAAGUUGCAAAAUUAUCCAUCAAACCUUGCUUAGCUAUUGUACAAGUUGGAGCUCGAGAUGACUCGAAUGUUUACAUUCGAAUGAAAGUUAAAUUCAGUGAAGAGGUUGGUGUUUCAGCUAUUCACCAUAAAUUACCAAAAUCAACUACUGAGACUCAGUUGAUUCAAAAAAUCAAAGAUCUCAACCAAGACCCUAAUGUUCACGGCAUAAUUGUACAACUACCUUUGGACAGUGAUAACCCAAUCAACGCAGACUUCAUUACCAAUCUAAUAGACCCAAACAAGGAUGUAGAUGGCCUUUCAGACAUAAAUGCUGGUAAACUCAUGCAUGGCCAGGUUGAUGGAAAGAACAGUUAUAUCCCAUGUACUCCAUUUGGUUGCUUAGAGCUUAUAAAGCAAAGUGGGAUUCAAAUUGCAGGUUCCAAUGCUGUUGUCUUAGGUAGAAGUAAAAUUAUUGGUUCUCCAAUGGCUCAAUUACUGGUUUGGCAUAAUGCAACUGUUACAAUUGUCCAUUCAAGAAGUAAAAAUAUUCCUGAUAUUGUUCGCAACGCAGAUAUUGUUGUCGCUGCUGUUGGUCAGCCUUUAUUUGUUAAAAAAGAUUGGCUCAAGCCUGGUGCGGUUGUUAUUGAUUGUGGAAUCACAUCAAUUCCUGAUGCUAGUAAAAAAUCUGGUUACAGAUUGGUUGGAGAUGUUGAUUACAAUCAAUGCAAGGAGGUUGCUUCAGCAAUUACCCCAGUUCCAGGAGGAGUUGGGCCAAUGACAGUUGCUAUGUUGAUUUACAAUACGGUUGAUGCAGCCAAAAAAACAUUGGCUUAAUCACGUCAAACAUAGGCUUAAUUUGGUCAUUGAAUUGAUUUCUCUAAAUCUGUUUAAUUGCUUAUUACCAUGAUUAUAAAUCUUUUUAAACAUUAUACCAAAUUUUAAAUGUAUUUAAAUUAAUAAUAAAUCGGUUUUUCUGAGAGUAAGUAAA